AUGUCUAUACACGAAUAUUUUGAAAGGGUAUCAUCAAAGUGGAAUAUUACUGAUUUCUUGGAAGAGUGCGACCUAGAACCAUACCACCGUAAAAUAGAAUCAUAUACUACAUCUCUUGAGAUUAUUGCUGACAUGAAGAAAGGCAAAAGAAGUGAUAAGGCACGUCUGUUGCUAAAUGACUAUAGGAAGGCAAACUUCGGGUUCAGCCACAAAGCUAGUGUUGGGGCACCAGGUAACUUCGGGUUCAUCUGGUGUUCAAGCCUUCGGGGUGACCCAACACCAGCCCUUCUGGGACAUUGGGUAACUUUGGGUUCAUCUGAUGUUCAAGCCUUCGGGGCAACCAGUGGGACAUAUACCAGACAAAGGAUUGAUAAACGGCCCGAUUAUAAAGUAGCGCGAAAAUGGAAGGAAACUAAGGAGCACGGUUCAGCCAGUGGACCCUCGUUUACAAUUUCGGGCACUGUAGUUGGACCUACCGAGCCUGAAGCCGUUUUUAUAUCUGAUGAUGAUGAUAAUUCGGAUUACAUAUUAAGCGAUUUUGAAGAUGAGAUCCCUCUCCCCCAAUUGUUGUUGUCAUCACAACUCGAGGAUUUCCAGGAAUCCUACAAAAAAAUGAAUGUAGUUCAUAAGUGGGUUCUCGCUUCUGGAAAGUGCGUCGAAGACACCCUUUUCGAAUAUUGUAGACAACAGCCAGUUGAAUCACUCCUACAUUCAUGGAUUAUUGACCUUGAUGAUCGAGAAGCAGAUUCGUUAUUUACAACUGAAGAAUGGAAUGAAAUCCAGUGUGCCGUCAAAAUUUUGCCAGAGGUUGAUCGUACUUUUGCAGAUUCUAUGAUGCGAUUUUCGGAUGUUAAAACAGCAAGCGAUCUGAGACGAGUCUUAAAAACAACAUCCUUUUUAAAUGAGGAUGAACCUUAUGAUCGAGUAAAACAUUACGAUGCUGAAUGGGCCGAAAUCGUGAUGAGGAAGUUUCUUACGUAUUAUGAAGACCCUAACGAAACACUGCAAAAGCAACAUCUCGAGUCCUGGUAUGACAUAAAUGUGUGGUCGCUUAUCAUCGAUCACGGUCUCUGCGAUGUGAUUGGAAUGGAAACUGUCAGAAAAGAAUCGACAAGUGUAGCGGUAGCCACGCGGAAAAACCGAAAGAGGGCACGUACGCGUCGCAGAAAGCCAGAACGUAAAAAGAUGGGAUAUCGGAUGGAUGGAAUAUUCCGGAUGUACAUUGGUGAUGUUGAGUAUGGAGCGACUGAAGUGGCCAAGAAGUUUGAUGCAACCAAACUGCUGACUGAUGGGUUUAAACUGAUGAAGGCUAUGCAUGAUAUCUUUGUAUGCUUAAGUGAACAAGUCCGUUUCGAAGAAAAGAAAGUAAGGCAACUGCGAGUCGCUGGCAUGCUUCACAUGGGCCUCAAAUUGCAAAUUUUACAAAUGAGUAGUCCUAAGGGAUAUGUAACAAUAUUACAACGAGAGAAGAUCCUUGAUGUGCCAGCUAUGGCCGAAAAAAUAAAAGAUCUUAUCAGGGUGUUGGCUAAUGUGUGGAGAAUGAAGAAAAUGAUCAUGGAUUGCAUGGAGACAGUGAACAUGAGAACCCAAGAUCAGACAGAUUUUUUGCGAGAAAUAAUGGGCACAGAUACUCCACCAAUUACAAUUUCUAUUCCAUGUUCUUGUGAUACGAAAUAA